UUAGGCUAACAUUAUUAUUCUAGAGAAAAGUUGCACCUGUGCCAGGAUGCCUUAUGAAAGCCUUGCUUGUAUUAGUGCACAAGUGGAACUCGCUGACUCCCCUUAACAGGGGAGGGAGGUAGAUUAUGUACACAAGUAAAAAUUAACUAGAGCUAACAUCCAUAAAUCUCAAAUACAAUACCAAGUGUAAUAAAACAAGUUAUAUAUACUGUGGAGGCCACUAUGUAAAUCUUUAAUACCUUUUAUUUUGAAAUAGUUUGAUUCACAAGAAAUUGCAAAAAUAACCAAGGGCUCCCAUGUGCCCUUAACCCCACGUCCUCCAUGAUGAUCUUACAUAAGCACAGGAUAUUGUCAAAAACAAGAAACCUGUAUUUAUGGAAACAUUGUAAAGACACAAGAUGUGUAUUUUGUUUGUGAAGACAUGCAUAAGUAGUAACUGAGAAUGAUAUAUACCAGUUAGAGACCGUGAUUUUCUCUGGGGAGGGUGGGAAAGAGAAGGGACAGAGGUAUGGUCUCUGGAGAGAAAAGGGUUGGAUAGAAAGGUGAAGAAAAGGACUUCAUUUUUACUGUGUUUCUGUCUUGUUGGAUUUUUGUACCCACAUCAAUUUUUAAUUAAAAAUGUUUUUAAUGGAACAAAGUGCUUUUUCAACUCUUGGCCCUGUGCAUCCAGCAGAAUCUCAAAAUCUAAGCAUAGGCUGGAGUCUUUCUAUGUUUACUGGGUUAGCCUACUCGUCUUGUGUCUUGAAAAGUGGCAAUAUGGGAAGCAAAUGCAGUUUCCUAGUGUUUCCCCAGAUAAGUAAAAGGAAGCAAGAGAGAAAUUUGUUUACCUGGGAACCGCGUCUGUUUACACGCUGUACACAACGGAAAUGCGUGAUGGAGGAAAAGGUUGUGUGUACAGUUUAUCCUCUGAAAUCGAAUCUUUUUAAAGCAUUUCGAACAGCCAGGUCACAGUAGCUCAUAGCAACAUGUUAGAAUCUUGAGGGUGAAUGGAGAGGAUUAUGAUUCAUGGAAAAAUCUAAGUUGGAAUGGCACCUAACGUGCAGAUGAGAAUCAGUUUGCAGCUACUGAAAGGGGAGAGGAGCAGACGAAGAAUUUAAAACAGACAAAAAGAGCCAAACGGGCUCGGAGAAAUGAAGUUUAAAGGAUUAGAUGUAGCUCCUGAAUAAAAGCGAAAGUCCGACGUGGUUCCAUUAAAAUGACUUCUCAGCGGCCUCUCCCUGUAGAUGACUUCGGUAUCUACUACGUCCUCGCAGAAUGUACAGAUUACUAUGAUACCAUCCCGGUUAAUGAGGUUGAUGAGGACCAGCCCCAUUUCCAAGGUGUGACUGGUCUGCGAAACUUGGGCAACACGUGCUACAUGAAUGCCAUCUUACAGUGUCUCUGCAGUAUCUCGCCGCUGGUGGAAUACUUCCUCUCUGGAAAGUACAUUACUGCUCUUCAAAAGUAAGACCACUUGUAAACAUGUCCUUUCCUUCUUCCAAGGAGUUGUGGUGAGGUUGCCACUGCUUUUGCCUACUUGAUGACAGACAUGUGGCUUGGAGACUCAGGCUGUGUCUCACCAGAAAUAUUUCGGUCAGCUCUGGGAAACCUCUACCCAGCAUUUAUGAAAAAGACACAGCAGGAUGCGCAGGAAUUCUUGAUUUAUGUCCUGAAUGACCUUCAUGAAGCGUUGAAAAAAUACCACCGAAGAUCAUAUGAAAAAGGAUCUACUCGAAGAUGCUGCAGGAAGGUGAUUGCCACAGAGUCAUCCAUCAUCACACGCCUGUUUGAAGGGCAGCUCAAUUAUGAUGUCAUCUGUCUGAAGUGUGAGAACUGCAGCUAUAAGAAUGAAGUCUUCACCGUCCUGUCCCUCCCCAUUCCAUCAGAGUAUGAAUGCUCUCUUCAGGACUGCCUCCAAUGUUUUUUUCAGCAAGACACACUGACCUGGAAUAACCAAAUUCAUUGCUCCUUUUGUGAAACCAAGCAAGAAACUGCUGUGAGAGCCAGUAUUUCCAAAGCACCAAAAAUAAUUAUUUUUCAUUUAAAAAGGUUUGACGUUCAGGGCACAAUGAAAAGAAAACUGAGAACACAUAUCCAUUACCCACUCACCAACUUGGACCUCACUCCUUACAUUUGUCCAAUUUUUCGGAAACAUCCUAAAUACAGCCUCUGUGCAGUGGUGAACCACUUUGGUGACCUGGAUGGUGGCCACUACACUGCUUUCUGCAGGAACUCAGUUACCCAGGCCUGGUAUAGCUUUGAUGACACACGAGUCAGUGAGAUUCCAAACACUUCAGUGCAAACUGCUACAGCAUAUCUCCUGUUCUAUAGCUGCCAGCCCUUUUCUAUACCUAUAUAAAAACGCAAGAGCUAGGAAAAUGCUUUCUGAAAACUGCAAAACAAGCAAUCAGAAACUGGUAGCUAAGUUUUGCUGUCAUUAAACUCUUGAA